CCUUUGGUCAAAGAAGUUAAACCCAGAGACAUGACGCCUAAUUCGUAUGUUGCGUUGGAGUUCGUUAACGUUGGGACGCUAUUUGUUAUUGUAUUUUGAGAAUAUACGAAGUAAACGUAAACACAAAUUAAUAUAACAUCACAAUGAAUUCUGCAAGUAAGGUUGGCGAGAUCUUCACGGCAGCUGGUGCAGCCUUCAACAAAUUGGGUGAGCUCACAAUGCAGCUUCAUCCCACAGCUGAUUCCCCAGCAGGAAAGUGGACAGAUGAGGAAAUUGAAAUGCUUCGACAAGCAGUAAAACAUUUCGGGGAAGAUCUGAGCAAAAUAAGUGAACACAUCAAAGGCAGAACUGUUUCACAGAUCAGAACAACACUAAAGAAGAAGGCGUUUGAAGAUGCGGGGCUUCCAGUUCGGACAAUUCAGACUGUUCAGACUACUCAGGCAUCUCAACAAAGCAUGAUGAGUAAAUCGUCAGAGGUGACACUUAAUAUGCUGAAUGCACCUGAAUCGGAAGUUGACGUUGAAGGGCUUCCUGAAGAUGUUAAAUUGGAAUUUGAAGGUGCUACAGAAGAAGUGACAGCCUAAUAUUUUCAUGUUGUGAUAAAACAAUAUUGUGAUUGACGUGUACAAUUAACAUGUGUUAUGCAAGUUUUAUUGAGUUGUAGACCAUUUUUGUGUUGCUUUAUAUUGGAAAUCUUGCAGUUAUUAAUCUUUUGACUGGAAAUAGUGUUUAUGAAGUGUAUGAAUACUUGUUUUUUUGUUGUAAUAAAUAAAAUGUCACUUUAUAA